GGGUGGGACUGAGGGGGGCGGUGCGGGCCUCGGGAGUGACCCGCUUGGAGCUUGCAGCUUGGCAGCCCACCGUGUCUGCUCUGGGCGGUACCCCUGUUCCCGGGGACCAUGGGCCGGGUCUCGGGACUCGUGCCUUCUCGCUUCCUGACGCUCCUGGCACAUCUGGUUGUCGUCAUCACUUUAUUCUGGUCCAGGGACAGCAACAUCCAGGCCUGCCUGCCUCUCACGUUCACCCCCGAGGAGUACGAGAAGCAGGAUAUCCAGCUAGUGGCAGCUCUCUCUGUCACCCUGGGCCUCUUUGCAGUGGAGUUGGCUGGUUUCUUCUCGGGAGUUUCCAUGUUCAACAGCACCCAGAGUCUCAUCUCCAUCGGGGCACACUGUAGUGCAUCAGUGGCCCUGUCCUUCUUCAUAUUCGAGAGUUGGGAGUGCACCACGUACUGGUACAUUUUUGUCUUCUGCAGCGCCCUCCCAGCUGUCACUGAAAUGGCAUUAUUCGUCACCGUCUUUGGACUGAAAAAGAAACCUUUGUGAUCACCUUCCUGAUGGGAAUGGAGGGACAAAGCCCAGAGGAAUGAGGGGCAGGAAAGCAUAGACUUCCGUCGUCACCCUGAAACUGCAUCUGGAGGAGGAUGUCAGUGUUGGGAUUUAUCUUCCGAGUCUAGGAGUAGUCGCGUUUUAUUUAGUAUUUUAUAAUAAAAUAUAUUUUUAGUGAGAUCAAGAUUUAUGUUAAGAAUUGGAAACAAUAUCACCCGUCAGGAAUGUGCUCCCUUAAAAAAAUCAACUAGAUGAGGCCAAACGGUCAACAUUUAUCGAAAAGUAAAGGUGAGAACGCAAGGAGGGGCAGGGAAGCUAGCUAGAUAAAUGGAAACAGAAUGGAAAUGAGAAUGCUGACACAUGCGAAAAUUCUAACCAAUGUCACGGAACAAUUUGUAUAAAAAUUGUUAAAGGGGAGUCUAAUUUGCUGUGUAAACUGUCACCUAAUACAUAAUAAAAUUUUUUUCUUUUAAAGACUUAUAAAAAUUUCAAGGGAGAUUCAGGGUGGCCAAACUACUUAAAGAAACGGAAGGCUGUUUUCCAGCCUUGCAGACCUUAAAAUUGCAGGUAUCUUUUAUUUUAGUUAUUACGGUAGACAUCUGGCGGAAGGGAGUGGGUGGAGUUAUGUAAAUAAGGGGAUGCGUGGGGUUGCGGCUCCCAGCGCGUAAUUAAGUGGAGCAUUCUGGGAGGAAUCAGUUUAUUGUUUUUCGGAAGCCGAGUGAAAAAAAAAUGUAUUUAAAAAAAAAAGUCCACGAAGAAAGAUAGCUACAGAAGUGGAGGAACCAAAAUAACGUUAGGUUGCUCUGGCUAACGAGUUUUCUACUCACCCUAACUAAUAGCGGAAUCUGUUUUACGAAGUACAGAGUGGCGAGGAGGAGUUUUUAUCGUCAGUAAGGUUAAUCCUUACCUGUUUCUCCUUUAGGAGAACAGAUAUAACAUGAUGAUUGGAGCUCGCAUGAAAUGUGAUUAAUGUUUCCGCGUAAUCAGGACUUGCAACAUCCUGAUUGCUCCUAUCUGAUUUUGCUGACGAUCUCUUUUUUUCAGUUUGUGUGUGGAAAAAUUAGUUACAAGUUUUGUUCUGAAUAGUAACGUGGAAGGUUUGUGUUUUUUAUGUUUGUUGUGUAUUAGUGUUCUUUGUGCGGUUUUA